CACCUGCUAAGAAAGGUAUAUGGGGAGGUGUGCGCAAGUACGGUAGAAAACAACUCGUGACAGUAAAAACCACGUGUGAUCCAGUUGGCACACCACUUACGUGUCUGCUGCCCGACCUUAUCCGGUUUCAUUUUACUUUUUUCUCGAAACAAUAAUAAAUCACAUACGGACUACGGAACAAUGUUUUUUCUGCUCCGUAGUUUUCUAUGAAAAAAUUGUUGGAUUUUCAGAGCAUUGACAGCAAGACAAGGAUGAAGACUUGUAGUGAGAGAGAGGGAAGCCCUAGAUAUUUCGGUCUGACUGGACUGUAGAGGAGAAUGCUUUUGGUAUUUUGACAAAAAACGGUUCGUAUAAUAUUGACAAGAUCUUUGUCUAACUGUACUUGAUUUUGCUGCAAAGAAACAGCUUAUUGGAUUUGGUUCACCUUGGUUUGACUGUUCUUUUGAUUUUGCUACAUAUAAGAAGAAGCCGUAUUUUUCAUUUUGUGGAGCUUGAAUCGUCUUCAUCUUAAUACAAAAAAACUCUGGUCAAGAUGAUGUCCAAAUCGUAUACCAACUUAUUAGAUCUAGCCUCCGGGAAUUUUCCUGCUAUGGGGAAAGAAAAGAGACGCCUUCCAAGGGUAAUGACGGUGGCUGGAGUGAUUUCUGAGCUGGAUGAUGAUCAAGCCAGUAGUGUUGCUUCCGAUGCUCCUUCGUCUCUAGCCGUUGAGCGUGUGAUAAUUGUAGCCAAUCAGCUCCCUGUAAAAGCCAAACGCAGGCCGGAUAAUAAGGGGUGGAGUUUUAGUUGGGAUGAUGAUUCUUUACAGUUGCACAUGAAAGACGGGUUGCCAGAUGAGAUGGAGGUUAUAUAUGUGGGUUCUUUAAGGGUCGAAGUUGAUCCGAAUGAGCAAGACGACGUUUCUCAGUUGCUCCUAGACAGGUUCAAAUGUGUCCCAGCUUUUCUUCCGCCAGACAUUUUGGGCAAGUACUACCAUGGGUUCUGCAAACAACAUUUGUGGCCCCACUUCCAUUACAUGCUCCCUUUCUCUGCCAGCCAUGGCGGUCGGUUUGACCGGUCAUGGUGGGAGGCCUAUGUAGCGGCUAAUAAGAUUUUCUCUCAAAAGGUCAUAGAGGUAAUUAACCCUGAGGAUGACUACAUUUGGAUCCACGACUACCAUCUCAUGGUUUUGCCAACCAUACUGCGUAGGCGUUUCAACCGGUUAAGGAUGGGGUUUUUCCUGCACAGCCCGUUCCCGUCAUCAGAGAUUUACCGCACACUACCCGUCCGGGAGGAAAUUCUGAAAGCACUGUUGAACUCUGAUCUGAUCGGCUUCCAUACGUUUGACUACGCCCGCCACUUCCUCUCUUGUUGCAGCCGGAUGUUAGGUUUGGAGUAUCAGUCCAAACGAGGGUAUAUCGGGUUAGAGUACUACGGCCGGACCAUCGGGAUCAAAAUCAUGCCCGUGGGCAUCCACAUGGGUCAGUUUGAAUCCGUGUUACAGCUCCCGGAUAAAGAAUGGAGGGUAGAGGAGCUGAAACAACAGUUUGAGGGUAAGACGGUCAUUCUGGGUGUCGAUGAUAUGGAUAUUUUUAAAGGGAUCGAUCUGAAACUUUUGGCAAUGGAACAGAUGCUAUUGCAGCACCCAAAGUGGCAGGGAAGAGCGGUUUUAGUACAAAUCGUCAACCCCGCCCGGGGGAAGGGGAAGGAUCUUGAGGAAAUACAAGAAGAAAUAAAAACAAGUGUGAAAAGAAUCAAUGAGCGGUUUAGCCGGCCCGGGUAUCAACCGGUUGUAUUCAUAGACCGGUCUGUUUCUCUUAGUGAACGGGUCGCCUACUAUACCAUUGCGGAGUGUGUGGCAGUUACAGCCGUGAGGGACGGUUUGAAUCUCACUCCGUACGAAUACAUUGUCUGUAGACAAGGAGGAGCCCCAAAGAAGAGUAUGUUAGUGGUGUCUGAGUUCAUUGGGUGUUCGCCGUCCCUUAGUGGGGCGUUAAGGGUCAACCCAUGGAAUGUCGAAGCUACAGCCGAAGCGUUGAACGAUGCGAUCUCAAUGACCGAUGUGGAGAAGCAGCUGCGUCAUGAGAAGCAUUACAAGUACGUCAGCACGCACGAUGUGGCGUAUUGGUCUAGAAGCUUCUUCCAGGAUCUGGAGAGGAGUUGCAAAGACCAUUUCAGGCAACGGUGUUGGGGAAUCGGUCUGAGUUUUGGGUUCAGGGUGGUGGCGCUCGACCCAAAUUUCAGGAAGCUGUCGGUCGACGCGAUUGCUUCCUCUUACUCGAGAGCAAAAAACAGAGCUAUUUUGUUGGACUAUGAUGGGACGGUCAUGCCUCAAACCACCAUCAAUAAAGUUCCUAGUCAACAAAUCAUAUCAGUGAUUAGUGCAUUGUGCGAAGAUGCUAAGAAUACUGUGUUCCUUGUGAGUGGAAGAGGAAGGGAUAGUUUGGGGCACUGGUUUUCAGAUUGCAAGAAACUGGGCAUUGCCGCAGAGCAUGGAUACUUUUUGAGGUGGACAGGUGAUGAAGGGUGGGAAACUUGUGGGCAAAACACAGAUUACGGGUGGAAACAGAUAGCAGAACCUGUAAUGAAAUUAUAUACGGAAUCUACCGAUGGUUCUUCAAUUGAGACGAAAGAGAGUGCUCUGGUUUGGCAUUACAGUGAUGCAGAUCUUGGUUUCGGGUCCAGCCAAGCAAAGGAGAUGUUAGACCAUCUUGAAAGUGUUCUUGCAAAUGAACCUGUUGAAGUUAAGAGUGGGCAAUUCAUUGUUGAAGUCAAACCUCAGGGUGUGAGUAAAGGUCUUGUUGCAGAGAAGAUAUUCAGAUGUAUGGCUGAGGGUGGGCAGAAGGCUGAUUUCGUGCUGUGCGUAGGGGAUGACAGGUCUGACGAGGACAUGUUUGAGGCGAUAGGGGCUGCCCUGGAAGGGGGCAUUCUCUCCUUUAAUUCCUCUGUCUAUGCUUGCACAGUUGGCCAGAAACCAAGCAAAGCCAAGUAUUAUGUCGACGACACGGCAGAGGUCAUUAAUGUUCUUGAAGCUCUUGCCCAGGAGUCCGGUCCCGUCACACAUUCUCCAGAAGUUUCCCCCCAAAGUCGUUUGACGUAGUAGCCACUCACCAUUGCUUUCCUAGCUCUCUCACUCAAUAUCCUAAAUACCAAACCGAUCUGAAUCUCUCUGCAAACGGAAUCGUAUGGUUAGUUGGAACAUUGGUUCUGUAAGCAUGCAUAGGAAGCAUGAAAGUGUAUACAAUUUCUCUGUUCAUUUAUUUAUUUAUCUAGGAAAGGAAAUGAGAUUUUGUCUCUUUUUUCGGGGGGUUAGGACUGAUUCUUGGAUGGAUUCCGUUGUACAGAAAUCUUUCUUGUUUCUAUUCAUUGUGUUCCAAUGCUUCAAAAGUUUCUGGACGUCACAAUAAGAUAAUUUGGGUUAAAGGAUACACGGCAUACUCUAGCAUUUUUAGAGGCCUAGUAAAAUAGUACUUAGUAUUGAGAUGAUUUUUUCUUGAAUUAUUACUUCCUCUGCCA